AACAAAACAAAAGUAGGCCAAGUUGUUAUUAUCAGCGAUAGAGGAGAUCAGUGAAUAGUUAUUGUGAAGUUAUACCCUGUUAUAUUGAAUUAUCGGACUUGUUAGAGUCCAAAGUUCUUCGGUCAUGAUGGGGAACAUUUUAGUAAAGUCUGCAGCACUUGAUUUCGGCAUACAAUGGGGCUGUUGGGCUGUUGCCGCACUUCUCAAAACAGAGAAAUUCUACGACAUGGCAGGGAGUGCGACCUUUGCCCUGUUAGCAUACCAGUCGCUGUCAUCAGGUGGCCAGUUCUUUCUACGACAGAAGAUUAACACGGGGCUAGUUUUAACCUGGGCUUUGAGACUAGGGUCGUAUUUAGUAACUAGAAUAAUGAAAGAUGGAGAAGAUAAAAGGUUUAAUAACGUGAGAGAUAAACCAAGUAUCUUCUGGAUCUACUGGACAAUCCAAGGUGUAUGGAUAUUUAUCACUCUACUACCAACUUUAAUAGUGAACAGUAAACAACGUGAUAGAGAUCUAACUACUAAUGAUUAUAUAGGCUGGGCGAUCUGGGCUCUAGGAUUCUUCUUUGAAGCUGUUGGGGAUUACCAGAAAUCAGUGUUCCGAGCAAACCCUGAUAAUGCAGGUAAAUUUAUCAGCACUGGUUUAUGGAGUAUUUCCAGACAUCCAAAUUAUUUUGGUGAAAUUUUAAUGUGGUUAGGAAUCUACAUAUCGUCUACUUCCGUUCUAAAAGGUGUUGAGCAUAUUGGAGUUAUCUCUCCUGUGUUUGUAGCCUAUCUGUUAACGCGAGUUAGUGGAAUACCUCUACUAGAGAAAUCCUCGGCUAAGCGAUGGGGUUCAUCACCAGCUUAUCAACAGUACGUUAAAUCCACAGCUAAACUUAUUCCAUAUAUUUUCUGAAUUAACAAUGAACGAUCUCGGGUUUCCCAAUUUUGUAUAUUACAAGAUGUCCUCUAAUUAUUAUUUUUUUUUAUUGUUCUGGAAUUGUUUAUAAUAAAAGUUUACGAAUUAAA